AUGUCCAGCAAAGGUGAAAUAGAUGAGGGUUUAUACUCUCGUCAGCUAUAUGUGUUGGGUAAAGAAGCAAUGUUAAAAAUGCAGUUAUCAAACGUUCUUAUUAUUGGUUUGAAAGGACUUGGUGUCGAAAUAGCAAAGAAUGUUGUCUUGGCUGGUGUUAAGUCGUUAACAUUGUAUGAUCCUACUCCAAUUUGUUUGCAGGAUUUAUCUACACAAUUUUUUUUGGCAGAACGUGAGAUUGGUAAGCCAAGAGAUCAAACUUCCCAGCCUAAACUUGCUGAAUUGAACUCUUAUGUGCCCGUGAAUGUUACAAGUACGUUGGAUGAGAACAUUUUGCGUACAUUUCAAGUGAUCGUUGCAACCGAUACUGUUUCGCUUGAGGAGAAGAUUCGGUUGAACGGGUUUGCACAUGAGAACAAUAUUAAAUUCAUUUCUACUGAAACCAGGGGCUUAUUUGGUAAUAUAUUUGUUGACUGUGGAGAUGAAUUUACUGUACUUGACACUAAUGGAGAAGAGCCAAAAAGUGGUAUUGUGUCAGAUAUUGAGGCUGACGGAACGAUCACAAUGUUAGAUGAUAACAGACAUAAUUUGGAAGAUGGUGAUUACGUUAAGUUCUCCGAGGUUGAGGGGUUGGAGAAGCUAAAUGACGGUAAGCCAUAUAAAGUAGAAGUUUUGGGGCCAUUUGCCUUCAAAAUUGGUUCUGUGAAACACCUAGGGACUUACAAGAAAGGAGGCGUUUUUACUCAGGUAAAGAUGCCAGUUAAGCUUUCUUUCAAAACAUUGCAAGAGUCUCUUGCAGACCCUGAGUUUUUGGUUGCUGAUUAUGGUAAAUUUGAUAGACCACCUCAAUUACAUGUGGGUUUCCAGGCAUUACAUCAGUUUGUGGUGAAGAAUAAUGGGCAACUUCCAAAGCCAAUGAAUGAAGACGACGCUAAGCAAUUAGUAAGCUUUGCGAAGGAGAUAGCCGCUCAACAACCUAAAGUCAUAGCGAAGGAUGUGGAUAUUGAUGAGAAGAUAAUCAAGGAAUUGGCAUACCAAGCUAGGGGGGAUAUCCCAGGUAUGGUUGCAUUCUUUGGUGGGUUGGUUGCACAGGAAGUUUUGAAGGCCUGUUCCGGUAAGUUUACGCCUCUAAAGCAGUAUAUGUAUUUUGACUCCAUUGAGUCAUUGCCAGACCCUUCUAAGUUCCCAAGAACCGAGGCUUCUACAGCUCCUAUACAAUCACGUUAUGAUAACCAAAUCGCAGUUUUUGGUAUUGAUUUCCAAAGGGCCAUCGCAAAUUUGAAGGUCUUCCUUGUUGGAUCGGGUGCUAUUGGUUGUGAAAUGUUAAAAAACUGGGCUUUGUUAGGUCUCUGUUCUGGUCCAAAUGGUAAGAUCACUAUCACUGAUAACGAUUCUAUUGAAAGGUCUAACUUAAACCGUCAAUUCUUGUUUCGGGCAAAGGAUGUUGGAAGAGGUAAAGCUGCUGUUGCAGCUGAAGCUGCUAUUGUAAUUAAUCCUGACUUGAGGGGCCAUAUCGAUGCCAAGGAAGAUAAAGUUGGUACAGAAACAGAAGAGAUUUUUGAUAGCGCAUUCUGGGAAGGUCUAGAUUUCGUUACAAACGCUUUGGAUAACGUCGAUGCGCGUACUUACGUUGAUCGCCGCUGUGUGUUUUACAAAAAACCAUUGCUUGAAUCGGGUACUCUAGGUACAAAAGGUAAUACGCAAGUAGUCAUUCCAAAUUUGACGGAAUCCUACUCAUCUUCAAGAGAUCCACCUGAAAAAGCCAUCCCAUUGUGUACCCUACGUUCCUUUCCUAAUAAGAUUGAUCAUACAAUUGCAUGGGCCAAAUCUUUAUUCCAAGGCUAUUUUGCAGAAACACCGGAAAACGUAAACAUGUAUCUCACGCAACCAAACUUUGUUGAAAAUACAAUGAAACAGGGCGGUGAUAUUAAGGGUAUCUUGGAGUCUAUUUCGCAUUCGUUAUGUAACAGACCUUACAACUAUGAGGACUGUAUUAAAUGGGCCAGAAUUGAGUUUGAGAAAAAGUUUAAUCAUGACAUACAACAAUUGUUGUACAAUUUCCCUAAAGACGCUACUACUUCCACAGGUGCUCCAUUUUGGUCGGGGCCUAAGCGUGCUCCAACACCGUUGACCUUUGACAUUGAAAACCCUUACCAUUUCCAUUUUAUUGUUGGUGGCGCAAGCUUGCGCGCUUACAACUAUGGAUUGAAGGGUGAGGAAAGUGUGCCUGAUAUUUCAUACUACAAGCAGGUAUUAUCAACAGUUCAAAUUCCAGGAUUUAGUCCCAGGUCUGAUAUAAAAAUUCAAGCAAGUGAUGACGAGCCUGAUCCAAAUGCAAACAAUCAACUUGAAGGCGAUGCCAUCGAUGCCUUAGUUGCAUCAUUACCGGAUGCAUCCUCUUUAGCAGGAUUACAAAUGAUUCCUGUAGAGUUCGAAAAAGAUGAUGACACGAAUCAUCACAUUGAAUUUAUCACUGCCGCUUCUAAUAACAGAGCCUCUAACUACAAUAUUGAUUCUGUAGACCACCAAAAGACGAAAUUCAUUGCUGGUCGUAUUAUUCCUGCAAUUGCAACUACUACUGGUUUGGUUACUGGAUUAAUUAACCUUGAAUUGUACAAGGUCGUUGAUGGUAGUACUGACAUUGAAAAGUAUAAGAAUGGUUUCGUGAAUUUGGCUUUGCCAUACUUUGGCUUUGCCGAACCAAUAGCCUCUUCUCAAGGAAAAUACAAUAAUAAAUCAUAUGACAAAAUCUGGGAUAGGUUUGACAUAAACGGUGAUGCUAAGUUGAGAGAUUUGAUAGAUCACUUUAAGAAUGAAGAAGGAUUAGAAAUAACUAUGCUUUCCUAUGGGGUUUCUCUACUAUACGCAUCAUUCUUUCCACCUAAGAAAUUAAAGGAAAGGCUAGAUUUGCCCAUCACCGAGGUUGUUAAGAUUGUUACGAAGAAUGAAGUCCCUAGUCAUGUCAAGACCAUGAUUUUGGAAAUAUGUGCCGAUGACGAGGAAGGCGAAGACGUUGAAGUUCCAUAUGUUACUAUUCAUUUGUAA